AUGGCGUACAACGGAGCUUACGCAGAUCGCCCAUAUGCUGGCUCAGCUGCGCGAGCUCCCAGAGGACCAGGUGGAAGUUACCCCCCGCCGCCGCCCCAAAGACAAUAUGAUCAAUACCAGCAGGACGACUACGGCUAUGGUUACGAUCAGUAUGAUGAUGGUUAUGGCCAGGACUACGGCCCGCCCCCGCCACAGGACAUGAACUAUGGUCGGGGAGGUCCCCAGCCGAAUCAAGGCUACCCCCAACAGGACAUGUACAGAGGGCAUCCGGGAGGAAGAGGAGGUCGCCCGCCGGGAUCAGGAGGGAGAGGAGGACCGGUGCGCGGCCCCCGUGGAGGACCCGCACCGGGACCAGGCCGAGGCUACCCAGCUGGCGGUCCAGGUCGGCCAGCUCCCUUUGAACGAUCGGCCUCAGCAGGCCCAAAUGCACGCCGCGCCCCUCCAAUGUCGAACCCCAAUGAGCAUGAAUACGGUAGCCCUUACCCAGCACUUCCCGGACAACACAGGAAAUCUGACAUUGAAGAAGAAGGCCAGAUACUCGAUCGGAUGGCUGGAAUGAGUGUGAGCGAGAGACCUGGUCCAGGCCCAGGCCCAGUUUCCGGCAGAAGUCCAGGACCCGGACAGGGACCGAGAAGACAGGCGACGAUGGAAGAUUACGGUCGCCCCUCUAUGGACAGUCAAAGGGGUGGACGAGGACCUCCACCGCAAGGCUACCCGGGUCCGAGACGGGGCCCGCCGCCGCAAGAGCAAGGUUACGGUGGUUAUCGUGACGAUGGGUACGGCGCCCCAAUGUCGGCCCCGAGGGACGGGUUUGGCCCGCCACCUCGGAGUAUGACGAUGCCGGCGCAGAACGACCAUCCGAUGAACAACGGUAUGCCGCCUCCGCGAACCGACAGUGGUGGCUACAAUGGGCCUCCUGGACGAAAUAUACCUCCACCCAGACCGUCUACAGCUCAAGGUAGUCGGCCAACUCCUCACCGGGUAUAUCCCGACCAGGCCCCUCCAAUGCCCACGAACAACGCAGGAUUAUACCCCCCUGGAUAUGGCGAGGAACCGGAUCGAGCUUCUUUCGGCGACUUCUACGACACAUACUACGACCAACGAGGAAGCGGCGACCAGUAUCACCAGGGGAAUCAGCAACGCCAUGAUAUUCCAGAUUUCGAUGCUGCCUCACCGGCCGGCCGCUCGUCUCUCGAUCAGCAUAUGCGACCGCCGCAGGCCCCGCCCCAGCCCCAGCCAGGAAUGCCUCAACCCGGCCCUGCUCGGUUCCCGGAGAUGUCACGGACAAAGACACAGCCCAAUUUGCGCGAGCCGCAAGCAGCAGUCUUCGAGAUGGCAAGUGACCUACCACCUGUGCCCUCGGGUGGGUUUCAAGCAUACAAGCCGGGCUUGCCUGCCAACCCCGGGCCUAACCGAGUCCCCCAAGGUAGUCCUCCCCAAGUUGGGCCAGGUUCUGGACACCCAGCGCCCUAUCGCCCAGGCUUGAUGCAAAAUUCAAUGGCUAGCGUAGGCAGCGCGAAGAGCACGAACAGCAUGGGAAGUGGGAGAAGCAUGGGCUCUAUGAAUGAGAAGCCCGCACCUGUUCGAAACUACAAUGGUGGCACUCCGCCCGCUGCUGCUGGGGCACAAGGACGUCCUCAAGCACCUCCGCAGGACGGAAGACCGUCUUCAGUUGCGGAACAGCCUCCGGUUACCGUGGAGGAAUUGGAGCGACUUCGUGCUCACAUCAAGAACGACCCCAAUGAUCAAAAGUCUGCGCUUGUUCUCGCCAAGAAGUUGAUUGAAGCUGCAGACGUUCUUGUCCCCAGACUGCCUGAUCCCAAGGCGCGAGCAAGAUCCCGGGAGCGCUAUGUGAUGGAUGCGCACAAGAUUCUGAAGAAGCUUGUCAGCGCUCAAAAUCCCGAUGCGAUGUUUUUCCUGGCCGAUUGUAUGGGCCGCGGCGUUCUCGGCUAUGAACCGGAUAGCAAGGAAGCAUUCACAUUGUACCAGUCUGCAGCGAAAUUAGGGCAUCCCUCAGCGGCCUAUCGAACAGCUGUCUGUUGCGAGCUCGGUAACGAUGACGGAGGCGGCACGCGUAAGGACCCGUUGAAAGCAAUCCAGUGGUACAAGCGAGCAGCCACGUUAGGCGAUACUCCCGCCAUGUACAAGGUCGGCAUGAUCCUUCUCAAGGGCCUGCUUGGCCAGCCCAAGAACCCGCGUGAAGCUGUUGGAUGGCUGAAGCGAGCGGCUGAGCGGGCAGACACCGAGAACCCUCAUGCGCUGCACGAAUUGGGCCUCCUUUUCGAGUCUGCGCAACCAUACGAUGCUAUCGUGCGAGACGAAGCAUACGCUCUGCAGCUAUUCGAAGAUGCAGCUCAACUUGGCUACAAGUUCAGUCAGUUCCGGUUGGGAUGCGCAUUCGAAUACGCUCUCAUGGGGUGUCCUGUCGAUCCUCGCCUUUCCAUAAUGUGGUACAGUCGAGCUGCCACGCAAGAGGAACACCAGUCUGAGCUGGCUCUCAGCGGAUGGUAUCUUACCGGAAGCGAAGGCGUCUUGCAGCAGAGUGACACCGAGGCAUAUCUCUGGGCUAGAAAGGCAGCUCAAGCUGGUCUGGCCAAGGCCGAGUAUGCGAUGGGUUAUUUCACUGAAGUUGGUAUCGGUGUUCCGGCAAAUAUGGAAGACGCCAAAAGAUGGUAUUGGCGAGCAGCGGCUCAGGACUUUCCCAAGGCCCGCGAGCGACUGGAGGAUCUCAAACGAUCUGGCAAAAGCGGUCCUCGUCCACGCGAGCGCAUCUCUCGAAGCAAGAUCGGCAAACAACAGGAGGGCGAGUGCUCCGUGAUGUAG